AUGAUCCCGCCUAGCAUGGAGCAGCAACGACCCCAAGAGUUCAUACUCGAGGCCUUCACGGAUCCAGCAUCAGUACGCGAUGUCGUCCGAGGUAAGCAAACCCCCUCCCCCAGUCCUCCCGCGGUCCAGCUGUCCGUCGAUCCCAUCUUCACAUGCCCCGCCGCGCCAGCAUCGUUCGAUAUGCACACCUCUCUAAUGCUGUACGCAGGAAUCCUACACACAAUCUUCUUCCACCGCUUCUUUCCCUCCCUAACGCCGCGCCACCGCGAGGUCCUCGACAUCAUGCUGCCGUACGUCGAGGACGCCGAGCUCGACACCAUGAUCGAGAAGCGCGCCGCCGAGCUGGCGCGCGAGCUGGACGCCGAGCGGACACACACGCAGCAGACGAACCCCGACCGUGGUGGCCGGUCGGCGGCGCAACAAGCCCACCAGCGAGCCAGCAGCGUGGGGGGCGGAAGCAGUGCCAGUGGUGGUGGUGGUGGUGGUGGUGGCGGCCGGGGCAACAUCUCGGUGCAGUUCUUCGAGAAGAAGCGCCGCAAGGCCUGGUACAUGCGCGCCGCGUACGGCGGCGACGACGAGGUGUGCUGGGAGAUGUGGACGGUGCGCGUCACGGUGGCGGAGCCGCGGACAGAGAGUGAACGCGCCAAGGUCCGCCAGGCCAUGCAGCAGACCCUCACCACGACAGUCAUGAAGAUCGUCACCAGCGUCAACUCGCACAAGGACCACAUCCCGCCCAUCACCACCAGCGAGGCCAAUCCGUUCCCCUACCAGAUCAUCGUGAACCAGAAGGGCGAGCCGGGCUGGGCGUCGCGCAUGGGCAUCUACUAG